AUGGCUUCUUCAGCACUUCCACCCCUAGCACUCUUUCCAGUUGCCACCUGGAGGGACCAGCUCGGGUCUGAUGAAUGGGUUGCCUGCCUCGACGCAUGGCUAGCCCUUGUGGACAGCCAUCUAUCGCUUUCCCAGGGAGAUUUUCUGGCCAUCUCGGCCAAGGACCCAAGUUUAUCUGCCUUCCUUGUCUCUUUCACUCGCGAAAUCGCUCUAAGGGGCGUCGCAAUCCUAGGCUCUUCCCCCUCAGCCAGGAGACUGCUCAAAGACUGCUUCCUGCUCAUCGAUAGACUACUUCAAUCACCAUCGCCUCCUAGUGAAUUGUUGCAAUGGGAUUUUCUUGCGGACGUCAGCCGCGUUUACGGGAGGAGAAAGGCUGAGGGACUGCUCACAAGACUCUCGGACCGUUCGAAGGGAUAUAUGGAUGCGUCUUUGGCCAACCUCAAGAAGUUCGUCGUCAAAAAUCUCGAUGCAGGGCUAAAUGGUGGUGAUCUCAAGGGCAUCGAGGAACGGCUGGAGCGGGUAAGCGACUUGAUUCGGGUCGCUCCCGCGGCCGCCGAAUUCUUCCUUACUGGCAGCGACUUUGUGGAUGGGCUUGUCAGCUGUUAUAAGAUCACAAACCCGCCGCUGAGGCGGUCGCUCGUCACAACAACCUACCUCUGCCUCAUGGGCUUGGCAGAAGGCCAGAAGCUGUCAGCCCUAACAGACCAGCUGUACUCGCUCAAAGCCGCGGCCGCGGCACACAAAUCCGGACCUCUCAACGCCAACGACUCACUUGUGGCUGAACUGGUAACAUCUACGCCGCUGCUUCAGCAUCUACGGCGCAAGCUCGACGAGUCCGGCAGUAUGUCGAGCCGUACCAAGUCCGUCCUAACAGAACUAGCAACCUUCAAAAAGCCGGGCGCAGGGCUGGUCAAGCCCAAGCGCUUCAUCAAGAGGAAAAUUGACAAGGGCAAGGGUCUCGCCAGACUGGAGAACGGCCAGGCGCAACAAGAGAUGCACAUCCACCGAAUGAGCCAAAUCUCCCAAGUGCAGGACCUAUUCCCCGAGCUGGGGUCGGGUUUCAUUUCCAGACUCCUCGAUGAAUACUCGGACGACACCGAACAGGUAGUCGCCCACUUGCUAGACGGCUCCCUCCCGGCCCAUCUUCAAUCAGCCGACCGCAGCGAGGACCUCGCCCAUUCGACUACUACUACUACUCCUACCGUCCCACUUUCCGCCACUCAACCUCGCCGCCCGCUGCCUCGGCGGCAAUCCCGACUUCCCCAGGAUUCCGAGGAUUCCGACCUCGACCUCCUCACCGCGCCAACCGCCCGGCUACACAUAGGCAAAGCCGGCCCGGCGUCGGCAGACACGCUGCUCUCGGCGCGGCCGUCGCAGAACUCAAAAGCAGCGAUCCUCUCGGCACUUGCGGCGUUCGACUCGGACGACGACGAGCGCGACGACACGUACGACGCGGCCGAUGUGGGCGGGACGGUGGACACGACCGCGUCGUUCGUCCAAGAUCAGACCACCAACAACGGUGCAGGAGGACUCCCGGAGGAGAUCGAAGCGGCGCUGUUCCGCACGUGGCAGGCCCGCCCGCAGACCUUCCACCGGGACCAUGCCACGCGUAAGUCGGCCGAGCGGGCUAGGCUGCGCGACGUGACUGGCGGCAUGACGGACGAGGCCGUCGAGGGCUGGGCGCUCAUGCUCGGCCGCGACCCGGCCCUCCGCAAGCGGCUGGAGCGCAGGUACGGCGACGGCAUUACCGCCGCCGGGACAGGCCAACAACAGGCCUUGCUCGAGAGCACCAGGGGCGCAUGGAAGGCAGAACUGGAGUCUGAGGGGGCUGAGGGGGCUGAGGGGGCUGAGGGGGAAGAAGGUACGGGUGAUGGGAGCGACACUGCGGCGGGGACGCCCCGUGGAAGUGGGCCUGAGAGGGGUGGACGGGGCCGUGGGGGAAGGGGAAGGGGACGGGGACGGGGACGGGGACGGGGAGGAGGAGCGCCACCCCCACCAGACUCGGACGUUGCAAGGCGGAGGAAGGAGGCUAACAAGGGGAGUCGGGCGAAUCAUAAUCGGAGGGACCAACGGGCGAGGAAGAUGGCGAGGGGUGGGUUUGCGGGAUGA